AUGGAGGUCCUGCAUCAGAAGUUCAAGUCUGCGAUGCUGACCGAAGGCUCAACCAUUAUGACCCUGGAACCAACGGAGAAGCGUCUGCGAAAUCGAUUCGCCACGCUUCAGAAGGAAUUGGAAGAGCUAAAUUAUAGCAAAAUCGGAAUAGAUUUAUAUUGGAAAUUCUCUCAGCUAGCAUCUAGGUGGAAGUUGCCAAGCGCUCCAGUAGAGUUGCUGCCCCCUCUACGUUAUUGGAUGUUACCAGUGGUGCUGCAACUACCCAGGACUGUUUCCGUUCCCGCUUCCGGCUUGGAUCUUGCCAAGGGAGUUGCGACCUCUCAGGCUCCGCCAGCUAACACGUUAGUGCCCCAGGGUCGCCACGCUGAAGCAGUGUUCUCGCCAACCGCCAACAUUUUCGUUCGCGAUUUCGUGAUCAGGAGAAUUCCUUCCCUGCCGAGCGCUACUGGCUCACAAGUUCAUCUCAUCACAUCGCGACUGGCCAGCCAACAUCGUCGUGUGACUGCUUCGUCAGCGGUCUCCAGCCCCCUCAGCUCCACCUGCCACCCUGGCGUGGCUGACGAGGUUGAGCUGUUGGAAAACAAGAAGAUCGAUCUCGAGGCCAAGUUCGUAAAGCUGUACAGUUUGUGCCCAAUUGAAUGGAACCGCCCAAGGAAACGUUUAUGUGUGAUUCUUAUUACAGAGAAUAAUAAAAAACAUGAAUUCGCAAGGGUUGCUUUAAGAGAUAUUGCACUAAAUAGUGGAUAUAAUUCAAAAAGAGUUCAAUUCGCAUACAUGUUUAAGGAAACUCAACCAAAUUUUGUUCAGUCAAUUUCCAAAGGAUCAUUUGAGAAAAGUCUUUUACAAAUUGUCAUAAUUUGGCGACGAAAUAAUAAACAUAUAAAGUACGAAUGGGUCUUUGUUGCUAAACGAAAUGAUACUGUCGUAGCUGGAAAUCUAACAAAUUCCACUGAAAAUGACAUAUCGUACACGUUAAAAAGGCUUUUAAAAUCUUCCGAAGGAUUCAAAUAUGAAUCUAUUGUGCAGAAAUUAUUUGACGAACACUCAAAAGGAUUGUUAAGUAAAUGGAUCUCGCGCUUCCGAUAUUUAGUGGAUUACGUAUCAGAUAAUAUUGAAGAAGAGCACCUUCUUGUAUGUUUAUCCCUUUUAGGAACAAUUGGCUUUAUGUUCGCUGUGGGAUAUAUAUUAACGUACUUUGUAAACGCUGAAGUGGAAAAUCUUAAGGCACAAGGACAUCUCAAUGAAAGUCAAGACGAAUGCCAAAAUAAUUAUAUUCCGGAAUUAAAGUUAUACGAACUGAGAGCCGAAAAAUAUAAUGGAAUGAUUCGCCUUUUAAAACCAGGAUGCCGAACAAUACUUCUCAUAACCGAUUUUAAAAGUCGAAAUAGACUUAUUCCAUACUUUCACAAGGCGAUUUGGCCAUAUAGGAAAUCUAAAACAUUACUAUUUGGGCACAUGGUUAUUGAAAGAGGAUUGACCUGGUUUACGGAAAUUCUGCGCUUAUCAUUGUGUACAAAUCAAAAGUUGGAAGUUAAUCCACGAAACUGUGUUGGAACUGUCCUAGCAUUAAAUGGUCACCGUAAAUACUUUUGCAUGUACCACGCUAAACAUCCAGAAUCUGUUCGGGGACCAAAGAGAAUCUUAAAAAUCACAAAAAUACUUUUGGACCCAACUGAGGACCCUGAAGUUGGAACGUUUCUGGAAAGAGGUUACUCUGAAGAAUCUGAGGCAGAAUCAAAUAUUCUUUUAGAGGAAAAUUUACUAAAUAGCCUAGACAAUUGGCUUGAAAGGUUGUUUGAUGGGAGGACACAAAAAUACUACAUAAAUUAUUGGCCAGAAUUUACUACUAAGUGAUAAGCUCACAAACUACUUAUGUCAAAAGUAACAGAUAUGAUUAAAAUAAAUUUAAAUUUCCAUAAAAAAAUACGGGAUC